CGUGUAGGGCCGGUGCUGGUACUUACAUAUAUCGUCGUAGCCGGGCGAUGAAUCGCAGCCCAUGUGCUGUACAAUACGAUUCUCGAGGAGAAUUACAUCGGCACUUGAACAACAAAUCGACCAGCAGACCUGAGCACAAUGUUCGGCACCAUAUUCUCUGGCAACCUCUGCAACCUUCACCACCCCAUCCCAUAUCACCGUAUUCACCGCGCUCUUCAGCAGAUCGACGUUGAUCCUCUGCACGUUGUGGCACUCCGAGAUACGAAAUCCGUCACCCAGGAAACCCCUUCCAGUAGGAUGUCGCUCAGAUGCGGGAGAUACAUCCCGACGGCCUUGUCAUCGACCAUUUGCGGACCGUCGGGUUUGAUGACGUCUGGGAGAGCGGCAGCAGCGAACAACCCCCUUACGCUCAGCUUGGUGACAUCGGACCUGCAGUUCGCGAACGUUUUGAAGAGGUAAUCGAGCAAGUAUCGCGGGAAGAACACGAUAUAGGCCGUUUAUUCGCAUGACCGUCAGUUUGAAGUAAAUCCAACGAACAGAGUCUGGAUUUUGUCCAGGAAUGCGACCUUCGGUGCGAUCGAGACUACGC